UUCAGUAUAAAAUGACGCUGAUCAUGAAUUGAUGCAUCAUAUUUUUUUUCUGUUUUUUUAGGCUAUACGUGCACUCUGGUAUUUAAAUAGCAUAUACCCUAUUAUGUGAAACUAAUUAUUUUCAUUCAUCUCCUUUCUUUAGUGGUUUCUUACUGAGAAAAAUGUAAAUCAUGAUAGUCUGGUUUCUCCUUUUGUUGCUGGUGCUCGAUUACAAUGUACCUCAAGGUGCGGAUUGAUUGGGGUUCUCGAUAACCAGAAAUCCGUAGUAAAUAGGCUUUGUAUCGGAAUCAAUGUUUGCUUACUGACUAUACUGUUUCCAGGUAAGAUGAACCGAGGAUUGUCGGUCAUCGACGUGUUCAAGUCAAUGAAAGAAGGAAAAGAACUGAGUGAUGAUGAAGUUUUUCUUGCUUGUGCCCUUGGUUGGUGCAUUGAAUGGCUCCAAGAAUAUUUUCUCGUUCAUGAUGAUAUCAUGGAUCGAUCUCAUACUCGCAGAGGUCGACCGUGCUGGUUCAGGCUUCCAAAGGUUGGAAUGAUUGCUGUCAACGACGGGCUAAUUCUACGUAAUCAGAUCUUCAGAAUUCUCAAGAGGCACUUCACGGUGUCGGAACCGUCUUUCGCAUGGGAUAGAGGCGUGUAUGGCGAAGACUCGUGGGGGCUGUGGAUCAAGGAAUUUGGUCAUGGUAUCCUUGAGCAGAACGGCGCUGGAUGA